UUGUCGAGUCAUGCGCUCCCCUGCUGACCUGUGUUCCUGAUUCCGUAGCCUCUCCAUAUACUACUCUUUCUUCUUCUCCUUAUUUCCGCAUUUCUUCAAUUCCAAGCCCACCUCUCUCUCAAUAAAAAAACCCUAAUAUGUUUCUUCUCUAACUCUCACCCUCCCACUCCACACCUAAUCCAUAUUACAGGUCUUUGGUUCGAUCCCAUUUGAAUGGCUCAUAUUUUAAUCUCCAUACCCAAACUUGAUCUCUGAUCCUCGAAUUUUUGCCAACGCAAUCUCAAUUUAUCCGCGGAAUCAGAUUAAAUUGUUAGCUCUUUUGUGCUUUCAUGCACGAAAGAAAAUUGAGAGUUUGUAAAGAUCUGAUUGAUUACGAGAUAAGAAAUUGAUUGUGAAAAUCAAGGGUUUUUGUUUGGAUUAAAAGGGGAUUUGGAGAUAUGGAUUCUAGUAGGAGGGCGGUGGAGUCGUACUGGAGAUCGAGGAUGGUUGAUGCGGCAACCUCCGACGAAGACAAGGUAACGCCUGUUUACAAAUUGGAAGAGAUUUGUGAGCUCUUGCGGUCUUCUCAUGUCAAUAUCGUUAAAGAGAUAUCGGAAUUUAUCUUGAAGCGACUUGAACACAAGAGCCCUAUUGUUAAACAAAAGGCUUUGAGGUUGAUAAAAUAUGCUGCGGGAAAGUCUGGUGUGGAGUUCAGGAGGGAAAUGCAAAGACAUUCAGCUGCUGUACGUCAGUUAUUUCAUUACAGGGGUCAGACAGAUCCUUUGAAGGGGGAUGCCCUUAAUAAGGCUGUAAGGGACACUGCUCAUGAGGCUAUCUCUGCUAUUUUCUCAGAGGAGAAUAAGCCAGCAACUACUGAAAAUCUUAACAAACGGAUACAAGGAUUUGGGAAUACAAAUUUUGAAAUGCCAUCAGAAGAUAGGAAAUCGUUUCUUAGUGAGGUAGUUGGUAUUGGAAGUGCAUCUAUUAAGCAGGGGCUUAGUAGCUUCACACAAGGCCAUUCAUUACGGAAGAAUGACAAUGGAAGCUACAAAAGUCCUAAUCUUCGAAGAUCAUUGACCAUAGAAAAUGAUCACAAUGAUAGAUAUGAACCAGUCCAGUUGCGCAUUGAAACUCAGGGUAGUUUUGGAGUUUCGAAGAGUACAAUUAGUGGACCUUGGGUCCAGGACAGCAGGGUCUCAAAUGCAGAGACAAAAAAUGGGGGCUCUAGUUCAAGUUAUACAGAGAGUAAGACUCGUGAGGAGAGGUUGUUGGAGACUAUUGUAACAUCUGGUGGUGUACGUCUACAACCUACUCGUGAUGCUAUUCAGGUUUUUCUAUUAGAGGCAGCAAAGUUGGAUGCACUGGCCCUAAGUCACGCCCUUGAAUCUAAGCUCCAGUCUCCUGUGUGGCAGGUUCGCAUGAAAGCUGUGUGUGUGCUUGAGUCAAUUCUGAGGAAAAGGGAUGAUGAGCAAUUUUCAAUUGUAGCUUCAUACUUUAGUGAGAAUAAAGAUCUUGUGGUCAGAUGUACUGAAUCUCCCCAAUCUUCUCUAAGGGAAAAAUCUAUCAAGGUAUUGAGCCUUUUGGGUGGGGAACAGGCAGGUGGCUUGAUGGGAAAUUCGGAAAAGUCAGUUAAGGCUGAGACCAUGUUAUUUCAGAUGCCUGACUUGAUAGACACGGGAGAUUCAAAUGAUUUCUUUGAAACAAAUGAUUCUACAAAUGAGCCAAUUGAUCAGAACACAGCAAAUCUGACAACAUCCACAAGUCAUUCAAUUGAUGAUCUAUUUGGAGAUAAUUAUGGUGAUGGUGGGAACUCCAGAGAACAAAAAACUGAUGAUAAUCCCUUUGCAGAUGUUUCAUUCCACACUAGUGAGAGUAGAGAACAUGUAGAUGAUCUCUUUUCUGGAAUGACUGUUGACAGUAAACCAGGCACUAAUGAGAAUCAUAUGACAACAAAUAAAAAUGGAGCAGAGCCAUUUGAUAUUUUUGGGUCAAAUUCUGAACUGACACAGGAGCAAGGAAAUCAUAAAAUGGAUGUUAAUGAUUUAAUGGCUGGUAUGUCCAUCAAUGAAAAUGUCUCAAAGAUGAAUCAAUCAGGAGCUACUUCUGGGUUGCUCCCAGAAAGUGUCUUCACAGAUUCAAGUAAUCAUUCUGGAUAUCAGCUCUCAAAUGAUGCUUUAACUAGCAUACUUAGUUCGCAAGUUACUGGGAUGAAUGCAAAUUCAAUAUUUCCUUCUGGUACUAUGCAACAGAAUAUACCUCCUGGCUUUAUGUUGAAUCCUGCAUUUCAUACGCAGCAUGUAAAUUAUGGUGCUAUGGGGAAUUUUCUUGCUCAUCAGCAAUUUCUGGCUACAAUGUCCAACUUCCAACACUUGAAUAACCUCAAUGCACAGAAUCUGGGAGUUAGUCAUGCGGUUGGUACUAAUGGAGUUGGAUAUUCUUCAGCGCUUCCUGAUAUUUUCCAAUCAAAUUAUCCAAAUCAAGCUCCUAGUUCACUGAUGAACAACUCAAAGAAAGAGGAAACCAGAGCAUUUGAUUUUAUUUCGGACCAUCUUGCAGCGGCACGUGAUCCAAAGAGGGUGGCUUAAAUCUUUGAGCUUUAUAUGCUUCACCUUGCUGGGCCUCCUUGGUGUUUGGGUUGAUGGUUUAUUUAUUUGAAGUGAAUUAAUCGAGACAUGUCAAGCAUUCUUUGGCAAUAAUGAACUAUCAGUACGAUGGCAUGUUUCCAUGAAAAUAGGAUUGGAAGUUAUGAAGUUGUGGGGAGAUCCCGGAAGUAGAUUCUGUAUUUGAGAUUAGCAGAGAAGUGGUUGUUGUAGUGUUUUUAUUUAGCAAAGCAAGAAUCAAUUGUAUGUUUCCCCCUCAUGGAUUUGUAAAGCGUUUUUUUUAUUUUUAUUUUUAUUUUUUUAUUUUUUAGUUUGUGUUGUAUUUCCCCACACUUACAGGAAUGCUAGUGGUACAUGUUUUUGAACAUAGUUAAUAAAGAGACCUUCUUGUUCC